GGGAAAGACGAUCUCUUUUUGUUUUUGUUGAAAUCUCCGUCUUUACUUUUUGGUUGAUCGUCAGCGAGGUUCAGUGGUGAAUCUUAGACAUGGCACACGCAAAGCUCGUGGCUUUGUUACUUCUUGCCUUUGUUUUCACCACCACUGUCUUCUCCGACGACGAGCCGGAGAUUGUUGACUCUAACGGCUCCUCUAAGAUCCAGCUUAAUCAGCUUAACGAUAAGAUCCGUGCACUAGAAUCUCAAAUCAAUGAGAAAGCUCGUGAGGUUGAGGGCAAAGACGAGUUGGUAGCAGAGAAAGAGAAGCUGAUUAAAGAAAAAGAAGACAAGAUUGCUUCCUUGCAGACAGAAGUCUCAUCACUACAAGGAACAUCAGAUUCUGCAAAACAGUUGGGAAAGGUUCAGGCACGAGUUGUUGAGUUAGAGAAGCAGGUGGAAGUACUCAGGAACUUCUUGGAGCAAAAAGACAAGGAGAAAGCUUCCACAGAAACUCGGACUAAGGAAGCUGAGAAAAAACUAAACGAACUAAACUCGAGCCUAGAGAAACUUCAUAAGACAAAUGAAGAGCAGAUAAACAAAAUAGGCAAACUCGAACGUGCUAUAAAGAUAGCUGAGGAAGAAAUGUUGAGGACUAAGCAUGAAGCAACCUCGAAGACUAAGGAACUCCUUGAGGCUCAUGGUUCGUGGCUUCCCCCUUGGCUUGCCGUUCACUGGAUUACUUUUCAGGCACAUUGGGAGGCCAACGGGAAACCUGCUGUGGAUACAGCAAUUCUGAAGGUGACGGAAGCAAAGACUCAAGCUGUGAAGUGGGCUGAACCACAUGUGGUAAACGCUAAAACUAAAUAUAUUCCAGCCAUCAAGGAAACGGUAGCUACACAUGUUAAGCCACACGUCCGAACACUAUCAAUCAAAGCAAAAGAGGCUUACCAUGCAUCCAAGAGUGCUUUUACCCCUCACUUUGUAACGGUUCAAGAACUUGUAGACCCUUAUUAUCAGGAAGCUAAAAAGUUUAGCAAACCAUAUGUUGAUCAAGUGGCAACAGCCACGAAACCACAUGUUGACAAUAUUAAGGUUGCCAUGAAACCUUACACAACCAAGGUGAUCAUUGUGUAUACAGAGUUCCUUGAAACCGCCACAACUUAUCACAAUCAGGUCCAAGCUCAUGUUGAACAAAGACUAAAGAGCCAUGAGCUCACUGAGGCUUUAGCUACCAAUGAGUUUGUUUGGUUUGCGGCUUCUGCGUUGUUGGCAUUACCCAUCUUCUUUGCAUACAGAGUUCUCUCUUCCCUUUUCUGCACAAAGACAGAGAAAUCUGUUACACACCCUCAUCAUCAUGGUCGUCGCAAAACCAAAAGGAGUAAUCACACUGACAAGUGAAUUCAUUGUUCCACGCUCUCAAAAUAGUUUGAGUAUUUGAUGAAAGUGAAUUAAAAAUUCAGUGUUGUUAGAUUAAACAUUUGAUUUGAUAGAUGUAAUUUGGAAUUUAAUUAAAAAAAUUAUUGUUACUCAAUAUCCAUUUGAUUUUG